AUGCUCUACUUAGCUCUGUAUCUGCGCUUUGCCAGCACGAAUACCCAGACCAUCUCCGGUGUUCCAACAGGUGGUAUCUUCGGAGUGAUAUGGAUCUACGUCUAUGCCUUUGGAUGGUCAUUUGGACACAGCGUCGCUCAUUCUAUUGUCGCAGUGGAAAUCUUCCCCACUCGUAUCGCAAGUUGA